CGCCGUCGCCUUCUUUUGCUGUAGCAGUCGGAAUCAGCUGUUGUAAACAUGUCUGCUGUAAGAUUGACCAAAAUUUCCUGCCGGAGUCUUCAGGCACUUCCUGCAGCGUUUUCCGGCCGCUGUAGAAGUGUGCAGACGACCUCCGUCACGCUAAACGACAGUCCAACUCACACGGGACAGGCUUUUGAUCCCGAUGAUAGCCGGAAUGUGAGAUUCAUAAGUACCCCAAGACAAACAAAUGAACGAUGGGCCAUAAACUUGAUUAAAGAAGUCCCUCCAAAGGGUGUUGAUGCUCGUGUUGUUGCUUGUGAUGGUGGUCCUGGUGCACUAGGUCAUCCAAGAGUAUACAUCAAUUUGGACCAGCCCGGCAACCACAGCUGUAUUUACUGUGGAUUACGAUUUUACAAAAAGGACUCCCACUAAUACUAAUACUGUUUUGUUUUUUGAACACUGUAUAAAUUAUAUACCAUAUCUAAAAAAAAUUUGCAAACAAUAGCUAUUUCAGAUAUAGGCCUGUCAGGAAUUUGAAAUUAUGGAAUUAGCAUGGAAGUCAGGUGUCCUAAGUAAUUCAUUAGUAUUUACCAUACUAUGAUUUUGUAAAUAUAGUAAUUAAUAAAUGUUCAACUUCUG